AUGCUGUGCGCCUUCUGGAUUUGCUAUAUUGCGCUGCUCGGCCUAGCAGCUGCAAGCCCGUUACUCGGUCGCCGCGCCGGAUCGUCGCCGGCGGACAAGGCCGCGGGAUUCGCGAAGAGAACAGCACGGCUGGCCUCGACGUACACCACCAAAAACUGGGCGGGUGCCGUGGUAUCUGGAGACAAUAUCUCUCAGGUCCAGGCGACGUACAGGAUCCCCCAUGUAUCAUUACCAACAGACGCAGACCCCAACCAAUACUACUACGGCAGUGCGUGGAUUGGCAUAGGAGGCAGUGGAAGCUGCGGCCAGGGCCUGUGGCAAGCCGGGACUUACUGGACUUACGUCCCUGGCUCGGGUUUCGUGACGACCCUGUUCUACGAAUGGUUACCCGGGUCCGUGGAAGUGCCAAAUCUCAUCGUCAAGCCCGGCGACACCAUUACCGUUGUGUUACGCGCAACCAGCACCACAAGCGGAAGCUACACCAUCAUCAACCGCACGACGGGCGAAAAAGUCUCUCAGUCGCUGUCCCGCCAGCCGGAGAUCUGCCUCAACAGCGCCGAGUGGAUUGUCGAGGAUAAUGACCUCGACGUCCAUCCCUUUCCCGACUAUGGCACCAUCACCUUCGAUGCCGCCACGUACAUAAUGAAUGGCCAGACGAACUACCCCUCUGGCUCGACGAGUGACGCGCUGGACAGCAACGGCGACCAGUGGGCAGACUGCUCGACCGCAGCGCAGACGGUGAAAUGCACAUGGGCUGAGGCAGACGAUGCCGGCGGGUAUUAA